CUUUUCGCUUCCUGGGAAAUCACCCACUGAACUCUGAACUUUAUCUUGUUACUCCUGUUUUGUGACUCGGAGCACAAACUUUGCUUGUUGGCUGAGGUCUUUGUGCAGCUUUCCUCCUAGCUCUUUUCUAACAAGGCUCGCUCUGUGCUCCACAGUUUCUUUUUUGUUCAGUCUUGGGCUUCUAUCACAGAAUCACAAAUAUCUACAGCUGGGAAUCAGACAGGCACAGAAAUGAAGAGCCUAGGAUCCCAAGACAAUGUUUCAGUUUCCCAGGGUAUUCGAAUGAUGUUUUACAUGAUGAAGCCCAGUGAAACUGCCUUCCAAACUGUUGAAGAGGUGCCUGAUUAUGUUAAAAAGGCAACUCCGUUUUUCAUCUCCCUGAUUCUGCUCGAGCUAGUCAUCAGCUGGAUUGCCAGAGGGAAACCAUCGGGUCGGUUGGAUGAUGUUCUCACAUCCAUGUCAGCUGGUGUCGUGUCUAGGCUUCCAAGUCUGUUCUUCAGGAGCCUUGAAGUGACUAGCUAUAUUUACAUCUGGGAGAACUACAGGCUUUUCGAGUUGCCUUGGGAUUCUCCGUGGACAUGGUAUUUAACCUUCUUAGGAGUUGACUUUGGCUACUACUGGUUCCAUCGCAUGGCCCAUGAGAUUAAUAUUCUUUGGGCAGCACACCAAGCACACCACAGUUCCGAAGACUAUAACUUAUGCACCGCACUGAGACAAUCUGUCUUGCAGCAAUAUAGCUCCUGGAUUUUCUACUGUCCCCUCGCCCUCUUCAUACCACCUUCAGUGUUUGCUGUUCAUAUCCAAUUCAAUCUCCUCUACCAAUUUUGGAUUCACACAGAGGUCAUCAGAAGCCUUGGUCCUUUGGAAAUGGUUCUCAAUACUCCUAGCCACCACAGGGUUCAUCAUGGCAGAAAUCGUUACUGCAUAGAUAAAAACUAUGCCGGCACACUCAUUAUUUGGGAUAGAAUUUUUGGGACAUUCGAAGCAGAGAAUGAACAGGUUAUAUAUGGUCUAACGCACCCCAUUGAUACAUUUGAACCAUUCAAAGUGCAGUUUCACCACUUAUUCUACAUAUGGACUACAUUCUGGGCCACACCUGGAUUCUGCCAUAAGUUUUCUGUCCUAUUCAAAGGACCGGGAUGGAGUCCAGGUAAACCAAGACUUGGCCUGAGUGAAGAAAUUCCGGAGGUCACAGGGCAGGAAGUCCCCCUAUCAUCGCCAGCGUCCCUGCUUUUGAAGAUGUAUGCUGUCCUGCAGUUUGUGGUUAUGCUGGCAUUUUACGAGGAGACCUUUGCAGACACAGAGGCACUGUCUCAGGUCACUGUCUUUCUGAGAGUCCUCUUCAUUAUCCUGACUUUGACAUCCAUUGGUUUCCUUCUGGAUCAAAGACCCAAGGCAGCUCUUCUGGAAACUCUCCGAUGCCUGAUGUUCUUAACCCUGUACAGAUUUGGUCAUUUACAGCCUCUUAUUCCUUCUUUAUCAUUCGUAUUUGAGAUUUUCUUUUCUGUCUGCAUUGCUUUCUGGGGAGUACGAAGCAUGAAACAGCUCACCUCUGUCUCCUGGAAAAAGCCCUAGUGCGCCCAGAUCUCUUGGUCCUGUCAGCUGUCCGUGGGAUAUCACAGAGAAAGAUCUUAACCUUACAGAUGCCUGCAAGAGCUACUUGGUUAAUGAAAUGAAAGAACUUCUUUACCUAUGCUUUUCACAUUUCUUCUUUUGUUAAAAUUGAAAUGAAUUAUAUUAUUUUUGCUCUCACUGAAAAUCAAAUAAUUCAUUUACAUUGUGGCUGUAUUGACUUGUCUCCUCUGCGGCAAUGACUCUGGGAGAAAAUGGGCUAAAAUUCUUUAAAAGAAUGAAAAUUAUAUUUGUCAUGCUUGGUCUGAGAACCUUUUGCCUUAAUAUUUGUUAAAAGUACGCUUAGAAACAUCUCUGUAGUCUUUGAAAUGUAUUGUUGUCUAUGUGAGCCUGCAUUUGCCUCUGCAAAUUAGUCAUCUGUACUGCCAUAUUAUGUUUAAAAAAAUCAAUGACAUAAAAAUAACAAGGAUUGGACAGAA